AUGUCUGGAGCGCCAGUUUUCAAGGCAACAGCCAUCUUAUCCAAGGUGGAUGGGUGCCUGACGGCCCUCCCGGCUCACUUUCUUCCUGAGAGUCGCCACCCUUUCCUGGCCUCACCUGCCAGGCACAUUGGCGUUCAUCUCGCUCAGUUCACCUCGCCGCCGUCCUCGGUGCCCCUCCCGUAUCUCAGUAGGAGGGCACCUUUCGUCUCCUUUGUUUGGCAGACCUCAGGCCAAGCCCAGCAGACUGAAGUGGGUGGAGAGGAGGCUGUGCUCUCCGAAUGGGAGGGGGAUGGUGAGAGCGUGGGCGUCGAGGAGGUCACGGGGUGGGACGAAGGGACUUCUGAAUGGGGCAAGGACGAUGGUGAGGAGUCUCUCGAGAAGGGAGACAAGGGAGCCUUACCAGAGCCACCUGAGGACGCGAAGCUCUUCGUCGGAAAUCUCCCUUAUGACAUGGACAGCGAGAUGCUUGCCCAGUUAUUCGAGCAGGCCGGGAUCGUCGAGGUCGCCGAGGUACAUAGAAAUGUUCUCUGAAUCCACACAAGGAUUUUACGGUGUUGUUGUGUUUCUUUCUACUGUGGGUUAGGAGUUUGGUUGGAAUUGAGGUGCCAAUAUCAGGAGUGCGGGGAUAUAGCAUUUACUUCACCCAUGUUCACAUCUUGUAGGUCAUCUACAACAGGGAAACAGACCAGAGUCGCGGUUUUGGGUUCGUAACCAUGAGCUCUGUUGAAGAGGCCGAGAAAGCCAUACAGACGCUUAAUCGCCAUGUAAGUACCUUACCUCGCUUCCUUCUGUCGUUCCUCGUGUAUCUAAUGCCAGAGAGUUUGUAAAAUCUCUACCAUUCCAUGUUGGCAACAAGUCUACGCCUUGGCAGAACAGGAGAGGCCUUUAUCAGUAGAGUUUUUUUACUAGAAUAAUGCCGAUAAAUUUAGUAUAGUAAAUUCUUAUGAAGUAAGUGUAUCUUUGUAUGUUUGUCUGCAAUCAGUAUAUCGAAGGAAGGCUGUUAACAGUAAACAAGGCAGCUCCCAGGGGAAGCAGGCCAGAGAGAAGCCAGUCAGAGAGGACACCGAGAGGGUUUGAACCCCGAUCAAGGAUCUAUGUUGGCAAUCUGCCGUGGAGCGUGGACGAGGCCCGCCUCGAGCAGGUGUUCAGUGAAUAUGGCAAGGUUGUCGAGACAAGAGUGGUCUAUGACCGGGAGUCCGGGCGCUCCCGUGGAUUUGCCUUUCUGACAAUGUCCUCACAGCAGGGCACGGAUGAUGCUAUCGCCGCUCUUGAUGGGCAGGUACACCCUCAACAAGAUCUUUCUCAAGGAUAGGAAGGCCUAGCCUCAACAAGACCCUCUUCAAGGAGGGCAAAGCCUACCUUCAUUCUCUCCAACCAUUCCAUUCACUAGAUUACAAUAUUUUCCUUGGUUACUUUAGUUAUCAGUGGCUCUUACAUAUAAUUUGCCUUAUUGGUCAUUUUUUGUAUGCAAAAUGGUGCUGACUUCCUCUGUUCUACCGAUACAGAAUUUGGAUGGCAGGACCAUCAGAGUCAACGCUGCUGAGGAAAAGCCAAGGCGGGGUUCCUUUUGA